AUGAAGAGAGAGAGAGAGAAGAAGAGUGUUACUGUAAAUAAGCAGCAGCAGAAGAAGAUUGAGAAGCAGGAGCUGAUAGAGAAGAAGAGAAUUGAGGCCUUGUUCAGGUCUCAAAUGCACUUCAUGAUUCAGAACAUUGAGAAGACAGCCCUGCUCUCUGAGCAUGUCAAUCUGCUUACUACUGAGAUGAAACCUGAGACAGCAGAUCAGAAAAUGCAGGAUUUUGAGAUACAGGUUGACCUGGCUGAAAGAAAGCAGCAGAAACCCUUCUCUGAGAAGACAGUGAAGAGAGAUUUUGAGAUAAUUAUCACCUCAGAUAAGAAGAAGAAGAAGAAGAAGAAGAAGAAGAAAAAGAAGAAUGAGAAGUGA